ACCAGUGCUGGUGUUGACGGUUUUUGCCGCGAGCCAACAUGGAAACGGUGGAGUGAGACUCGACUCAAACGCACCGUUCACCGUUACUUCGGCGAUGACCGCGGCGAACAAAGUGAGCCGAGCAGCGCGCCAGAGCCCAGAGCGAAGCCAACAGCACACCCCAGCUGCGGAGCUGCCAGUCCAAACCGGCAACCGCGGCCCAAGCCGCCGUCUCUCACCUGACCUGACCAAACUCCCGCCGCGUCCCAUCCUCGCGAACCCACCCGCCACUCCCGGACGCACCGAGGCGAGGCGAUGCCGGGGCCGGGGGCGCACCUGCUGUACGCGCUGUCCGGCGGGGCAGCGCUCUCGCGGCUCGCCGGCGGUGGCCGCCGCUUCGGCCCGCACCACUGCGCCGUCUACGCCGCCAACGCCUUCCUCGGCCCGGACCUCGGCGCCUUCGCCGAGUGGCUCGCGUCCUUCCUCCCCGCCGCCGCCGCGGGGGACCUCGCCAUGGCCGCCGUCCACCACCCCUUCUACUACCCGCUCCUCCUCGGCCUCCCGCUCGCAUGCCUCUACGCGUGGCUCUCCCGCUGGCUGCUCCGCGCCGGCCUCCUCGACGCGCCCGCCGGGGUAGCAUUAAGCAGAAGACAGUGCUUCUUGCUAAUCGCAGCCGGCUCGCUCUCCCACUUCUUCUUGGAUCACUUGUUUGAGGAAAAUGGCCAUUCUACAAUGUAUACUUGGAUACUGAGCACUGGUUGGUGGAAAGGACGCGCUCCUAUCAAUCCAGAUGCAGUGUUUGUUGUCGGCCUUCUUUGCGUUUGCCUCAUUGGGGGAUUUGUGUACAUUAACAGAGUGGAGCAUGGAAAGUCAGUGACUGAAAAGUCAAAUCAAUCUUUCUUUCUCAUCCUGGUGAUAGCCACCCUGUACUGUAUGUGGUGUGCCAGCCAGAUAUACCUGCGAAAUCCCCCUCAACCCGCCAUAGGUGAAGAGGCUGAUCUUGGAGUGAUAAUAUUUCUUGCAAUUUAUCUUUUUCUCCCGCAUGGCUUGUGUGUCUUAUCGAUGAACCAAAAAGAUUACAAUGAAGCAUUGGAUGGACUGCCACUUUGAUAAUGUCUGAUAUGGUGGUGUGUUUUGCUACUCGUUUCUGCAGAAUACCAUUUUGGCAGCAGUCUUCUCCGCUUCAUGUUGUAAAUAUUUUAAUUUCCAAUGGGCUAAUUGCCAGGCAUAUAUGUAUAACCUUGUAAACCUUUAGGUUAGAAAUAAGGUUUUAUAGGGUUGAGGAAAUAAAGAGGUCAGGAAAGUUCAGUACGAUGCUGUUGUUGUGUUACUAAAUAUGUUGGUACGACUAUCAUUAUUGUUUU